AUGAGUAGUAACAGACAAUCGCGUUUGCGAAAUAUACUUCAAGAACUGAGUUUAGAGGAAGAUAAUGACAAUAAUGAAGAACGAAUGCAGAAAACUAAAUCGGCAGUCGAGGAGGUCAAAGUCAUGCUCGCCCAGGGCGGAGUAGAGGAACGCGUUCGCCAUCCAGGUGAAAGCUUCUUGGAUUCCCGGGUGCUUAGAAGUGCGAGCGAUUUGGCUGUUGCUAGCUCCCAAGCUGUUAGUGGUAUAGAGAACAAAUAUGACAAACACGAGCUGGCCCAGCAUAUUCGACAAAACCCAAACUUCUGGAUCUUCCCCUUUCCGCGCGAGGUUCCAAUCGUGACGUCACUGCAUGGUACCUUCACCCCAACACCCCCAGAGCAGAGGCCCCGUGCCCGAAGAACGCGUACUGAGAGGCAACAGGCUUCAAACGUGGUCAAAGCCCCUGAGAAUGUUGAUAUGUUAGAGAAAACAGAUGAAGCUUCAGAGAUGGUCAGUCGAGUACAUCGUUUUAUUGUUAAGGCUUGUCGCAGUGGACCACAGAGCUACUAUCAUUUGGUCCUAGAUCCCACAAGCUUUAGUCGAACCAUCGAGAAUAUAUACUAUCUGUCGUUUCUAGUGAGGGACGGACUUAUAUCUGUGUACGAGAAUGAGGAGUGUGGUCUUCCCUUCGUUCAGCCCGUAUCUGCGCAGGCGCAACAGAACUCUUCAGGCGCUAGCAAGAACCAGUUCAUCAUUUCAAUGAACAUGAAACAGUGGAGGGAACUUACGAACGCUUUUGGAAUAACACGAACAAUGAUGGCGAUAGACCGCAUGUGA